AUGGAGUGGACGGAGGAGAACUGUUUACGCUUAAUUGAAACAUAUAAAAGAUUUCCAGUUUUGUGGGAUCCUAAAGAUCAAUAUUACUAUAGAAAAAAUGUAAAAAAUGAUGCGUGGAAAGAAAUUGGUGCUAUAAUGGGAAGCGAUUAUGAACAAUGCCGUAGCAAACUGUUAAGUCUUUUAUCUUCUUUUAGAAGAGAGAAAGGAAAAAGUCAAAAAAGUAAAGGGACAGGGAAAGGUACAUCCGAGACUUACAAAAGUAGAUGGUUUGCCUAUGACGCUUUUUCCUUUUUAGCUGAUCGGGAUAAACCAAGGAAACGUAUAAAUACUGUAAGUAAUUAAAUCAACAAUAUUUAUCUUGAAAUGCAAUACGGCCUUCAUUUACGCAAUAAGAAGCAAUCUCAUCUCUUAUUUCGUUUAUUUCUCUUGAAUAUCUUAUUUGUGAUGUUUGAAUAUUUGAAAGAGAUGUCAAAUUAGGUACGGAUUGAUUUAUAUACAUAUUGGAAUUAGUUGUAUAACUAUCGGUGGCGUUCUGUUUCAAAUAAUUAUGCAAGUGAAUAAUACUCAUAACGACUACUUCAGCAACUUCUGGUUUUAAUAUCAUAGGUUUUCUAAGUACCCUAAAAAUGGAUGAUGCAAUGCCAAAGGCACUCUCAACAAUUCUGCGAGCUCUGCUUAAUCUAUAGUUAAAAAUGCGUUCCGGAGUGCCUUUACUGUGGUUACCGGAGUAUGGUUUCAUCACAUGUUUAUCUAGAGCAAAAGCGCUGUCAGCAACAAAGAAGUAGGGUAUCGCUUUAGUCCUGUAAGGUAAUGCUUUUUCUUGUGGUAAAUUUAAGGAGCCAUUUUGCAUCAUCUUGUAGAACUCUGUAUCUUUGAAUAUCCCUCCAUCAGAUAUACGCCCCUGGCAACCAACAUCAGCAAACAUAAAUUUAUAAUCUGAGUCUACCAGUGCAAACAGAACAAUACUAAAAGUAGAUUUGUAAUUAUGAUAUUCAGUUCCACUUUUCGGAGGUGCCUGUAUGACUAUAUGUUUACCGUCUAUUGCGCCAAUGCAAUGGGGCAAAUGCCAUUUAUCUUCGAAUCCUUUACUCACUUCUAGCCAUAUUUCUGGUCUCCUUGGCACCUGAAAAAUAAUAAUAUAAAUAUAAAAACAUUAUUACAGGAACAGGCAGAUAUAGAACAAGAUAAAGUGGAUGAGCGACAGGUACAAGAUGAUGGAAUAAAUACUGACACUGAAAGCGACCUGUCUUUUAUUGAACCUC